AUGGACCGUAGGCAAUCCCCAAUGAAGAGCUGUAGAUGGAGGCGGGACGAGGCCAGUGGGAGGGCUCCAGGUAACAGCAGGAAACUGGAGGGGCCGGCAGAAGUUACGUGGAGGAGCGUCCGCGACUGGGAGAGACUGCUGGCCAGUGGCGAGGGCCAGCUGGAGAGUGCCGCGGGGGGGGAGCGCCGUGAGGGCGGCCGGGCGGCGGGGGGCGGCAUACGGGCGGCUGGGGGCGGCGGCCGGCGGGGUGGCGGCCGGGCAGCGUCGAGGCGGCGGUCGGGGCGGGGGCCGGGGUCUGCUGCUGGAGGCGGCGACACCGGCGAAGGGGCAGCUGCCGGAAGAUUCGCCCGUAGCCGACCGCGUCGCCUUCGCCAGGUGGUUGGAGGAUAG